AUGACUGUGCCGACACUUGCCGAUAGAAAACAAGAUGACAUGUGUAGUAGUGCUUCUGAUAUCUGUGAUCGUCCUCUAUUCCUCGUCCAUCCGGUGACACCUUCAAGUCAGAUACAUCGUAUCCGACUAAGUUCAGGGCAUUUGUUUCAAAAAGGUUUUACUUCAGAAAAGAUGUUCCUAAUGGAAAUGCCAGGUGACAAUAGACAAAAGCGUUGGUACUCUGUGAAGCCAAGCGGAACCCGCUAUUAUGACGUUCUUGGUCUCACUCCAAAAGCUUCCUUAAAAGACAUUAAGAGUGCUUACUAUUCGCUGUCCAAGUUGUACCAUCCUGAUUUGAAGACCGACGAUGCAAGUGAGGCUAAAUUUGCAGAGAUCUCAGAAGCAUAUGAAGUUCUUGGAAACAAACGUCGAAAAAGGAUAUAUGAUCGUGGAGUCUUGAACCCUUUAGAUCCAAGAUCAGGGCAUGCUGCAUCAGAUGUGGAUGAUGAUAUUCAUGAGGAUAUUCUUAGGGGACGACAGUAUGGACAAUUCAAGAAAAGGGGUCCUGUACAAACGGGGAGGUCAAAUAUCUAUGAUUUUGAUGAAUUCUAUAAGCAUCACUAUGGCGAGUCCAUCAGGAGGACCCAAGCAGAAAGAAAGGCAAAAGAGAAUCAGGCCCGACAGCAGGCUGAGGCUUUAAAAUCUGUCACCAUUCGUAGCCGAUUGGGAAUAAUUGCAACACUUUCUAUGAUUGCAUGGGUGUUGGCAAAGAUGAUCAGGUAA